GCCCUUUCGUCAUAGCAACCAGCUCGUCCAACAAACACACUCUCUUUCAUUCCCUCUCUCUCAUCUUGUCUGCAUCUGCGACAACUUCACCCUCACUUGGUCCACAAGACAAGACAAAAACACAAACGCGAGCCCCCAUCACCAACAACGCGCCCCGGCAUAUCGUCCUUGGUCCUGGUCUCGCCUCACGGUAGCACCAAUUUAUUUGCCCUCCUGGAUCGAUAUAGUGGUUAUCAUACGCCACACGCGCAACCGACAGCGACAGCAAUAGCAAACCGCAGCAGCAACGCAGGCCGUUCUCUCUCUCUCUCUCUCUCUUCCAUAGACAACUGGAAAAUCAGGAGCGAAUCCUCUCCCUAUUUCUUUUACAACAACUUUCACUACCGUCGACAUCAUGGUUGCCUUUGCUACCCAGACGAGGUCGGCUUCCCCCGAUGGCAUCAGGGGAUUCUACAUGCGGGUCCACAAGAUGAUGAGCCUGCCGAGGCGCAAGGAGGAGAAGCCCCGACUUGUCAUCUCGGCGCCCUUUGACUUUCAAAAGGUCAACAUGGACCUGGCUGGCGUCAGCGCCGACGAACUCUCCCUGAUGAAGGAGCAAGCAGUCGCGAGCCGCAUCGGCAUCUCAGACCCCGACGACGAGGAGGUCGAAGAACCAGCGCGAAGCAGCGGCAUCACGGCGAGCAAGUCUGCGCCGCUCAUGAGCGUCAGGCCGCGGGCCACACUAUAGAGAUUUGGCGUUCCUCGACGGAAACGGCGGGGGUGUCAUGUUAAGAUAUGCUGUGGUCUCAGGGUGGCACUUGGAAUGCGGCAGCCGUUUUUCCCUUGCCGGCACGCAAGGGAUGGACGGUGGGGAGUUUUUGAAUCGGUUUGCAGCGACGGCGUUUGAUGGUUAUACAAGGGGUCGGGGGGGUCCUCAGCGGACAUGAACAACGGCCAGGACACUCCUGAAUGGAGGGUAUAUCUGGAUCAUAGACAUGUUGAGAGGGAAAAUGGAGAGGGGGUUGGAACGAUACGCCAGGCGAUCACUGGCGGGUUUUCCCUUUGCUGUUGUCUAUUGUCAACGGGUAGAAGCGAGUAACCCUUCCGUUCAUUCAAGACUCAAUCGAAAACUCAAAUACCCCU